AUGAUGAUGAUGAUGAUGUUGGUUUUUUUUUUUUUUUUUUUUUUUGUGUCUGGCUCUGGCUCUGGUGUGGCGUGGCAUGGCAUGGCAUGGCGUGGUCUGGUCUGGUCUGGUCUGGUCUGCGCCAUGCUGUACUUGACAGUGACCGAACUGAAUUGA